AUGGUGCAAUACCACCCAGUGGUGAUUGUCUUAUCCCUCCUGGCUGUCGCUCUCGCGGCUCCCCAAGGACAAGAGCCCAUCCCGAUCCUGCGCCAGGACAGCAACAUCAACCCAGAUGGCUCCUUCCAGUACUCCUACGAAACCGGAAACGGAAUAUCGGCUGAUGCGACCGGUCAGCUGAGAAACAUCGGAGCGGAGGAUCCAGCUCUCCAAAUUCAGGGACAGGUGCAGUACACAAGCGACGAUGGAAGCAACAUCCAAUUGACGUACGUCGCCGACGAGAACGGAUACCAACCCCAGGGUGCGCAUCUCCCCACACCACCCCCAAUCCCAGCUGACAUUCAGCGCGCUUUGGCCUACCUUGCCACCGCACCACCUCAGCCACAACAAUAA